CGACGUCCGUGGCCUAGUGAGGUCCCCGGCGUCGCGACGCCGUCCUUUCCAACUCAGUCAGCAUCAGCGGACGACGUAGUCGUGAUAGGCUGCAGCAUGCUGAGGUGGCUGCUCCUAGUGGCGCUGGUGGCGGCUAAACGGAGCCCCCCGCAGCACCAGGACUCCGCCGUCAUCGAAGAAGUAACUGCCAAACAGCUGGACCGCGUGCUCCAAGAAAAGGGAUACGUUGCGGUCUUCUGGUAUACGAGAAGUUGUACGACAUGCGACAAAGUAUUAGAAGAACUAGAGCAGAUCGACGAUGACACGGACUCCUUCGGGGUGGAUUUCGUGAAAAUUAACGACAAACGAUUAGCCAAACAGUAUGGCAUCAACAAAUUUCCGGCCCUCACUUAUUUCAGGGACAAACAGCCGAUCAUCUACGAUGGGGACCUGAUGGACGAAGAAAAUGUGCUUGACUUCCUCACCAGUCUGGAAGCGAUGGAUUUGCCGGAUCGGAUAGAGGAAGUCAAUGCAAAAAUCCUGGAAAAAAUCGUGCAGGAGACUGAUUUUGUGGCGGUUUUGUUCUGUCCGGAUGCUGAUAAAUGUCAGAAAUCAGGAUCUAAUAAACCAGAAUGCAAGAAAUGCUCCAAAGUCCUUCUAGAGCUGGAAAACAUCGAUGACGAAGCUGACCAACUGGGUAUCGGAUUUGUGAAGAUAAACGAUCAGAAUCUCGCUGAUGAAUACAAUCUGGGACCUUUGCCUGCUUUAGUAUACUACAGGCAUCAAAUUCCAAUUAUCUAUUCAGGUGAUCUAACUAAGGAGGAGGAUGUACUGGAAUGGUUGGUGCAAAACAAAAGCACCGGAGACGAAGAUGAUGUUAUUGAAGACGUAACUUUGAAAACUCUUGGCACGCUGAUCAACAGUGUGGAUCAUCUCGCAGUUUUGUUUUAUGACAAUGGAGACGAAGACUCAAUGCAAGCUCUGGAGGAACUUGAACACAUUGAUGAUGACUGCGACAAGUAUGGAAUUCAGUUUGUCAAAAUUGAUGAUCCUGCAGCUGCCGAUGAAUACGGAUUGGACACACUGCCUUCUGUGGUCUACUUCGAGAAAGGCAUACCGAAUGUUUACGAUGGAGAUCUAGAGGAAGAAGAGGAAUUCCUUCAGUGGCUAGUCGACCAGCUGGAGAAGGAUGAAAUCGAAGAUGUUACAGACGAAAUGCUUGAUAAACUCAUAGCCGAAGGGAAAACAUUGGCAGUCUUAUUCUACGACGACGACGACAGAAAAUCGCAAAAAGUACUAAACGAACUCGAGAAUAUCGAUGAUGAAUGCGACAAACUAGGCAUCGUUUUUGUUAAGAUUGACAACGAGGAUGAAGCUAAAGAAUAUGGAAUCGACAAAAUCCCCUCGCUAGUCUACUUCGAAGGUGGCAUCCCCACGCUCUAUGACGGAAACCUCGAAGAUGAAGACAAAGUUCUGAAAUGGUUCGAAUAUCAAGUGAAAAACGACGAAAUCGAAGACGUGACUGAUGAAAUGCUUGAUAUGCUUUUAGCGAAAAAGCAAUACGUUGCUGUGUUGUUCUACGAUAAAGACCAAAAGAAAUCGCAAAAAGUCCUGACCGAACUGGAAAAUAUUGACGAUGAAUGCGACCAAAAUAACAUCGUGUUUGUUAAAAUUGACAAUGAUGAUGAAGCCAAGGAAUACGGCAUUGAUGUCGUCCCUACUUUGGUGUUCUUUGAGAAGAAAAUUCCCCAUUUGUAUGAAGGCGAUUUAAUGAAGGAAGAUGAGCUGCUGGGAUGGCUAAUUCAUCAAAAAAAGCACAGUGAAAUUCCCGACAUCACAGAUGAAAUGAUGGAUCUCCUUAUUGAGUCCCAGAAAUAUCUGGCCGUUUUAUUUUACGAUAAGGAUGAUAAGCAGGACAUCAGAGUGCUAAAUGAACUGGAAAACAUCGACGACGACUUGGAAAAAGAAGGAAUUGUAAUUGUCAGGAUCGACAACGAUGCUGAAGCUAAAGAAUUCGGAAUUGACCAUCUCCCAACUUUAAUCUACUUCGAGGAAAAGAUCCCUUCCAUCUAUGAGGGAGAUUUGAUGAAUGAAGACGAAGUCCUACAAUGGCUAAUUGAGCAAAAGAACACAGCAACCAUUGAAGAAGUGACCGAUGAAAUCUUGGAAGAUCUGAUCAAUGAGCAUGAGUACGUGGUGGUCUACUUCAGCGGAAAGUGCGAUGAGGGUGAAAAAUGCGACGCCAUUCUGGACGAACUGGAAAACAUCGAUGAUGAGCUGGAUGAAAAUGGUAUAAUCUUUGUCACGACCGAGGACCUGGUACUUGCGAAAAAAUACAACAUCAAAACUUUCCCGAAACUGGUAUUCUUUAGAAAUAAAGAACCCCUUGUUUAUCAGGGAGAUAUAGAAGAUGAAGACGAAGUCCUAGCCUGGUUAACCGAUGAAAAUACUCUGGAAAUUCCCGACCGCAUUGAAGAAGUCAACAUCAAAAUGCUGGAUAAAAUCCUGGCGGAAAACGAAUAUGUAGUAGUCUAUUUCUAUAAAGAAGGCGACAAAAGAUCGCAGAAAAUCCUACAAGAACUGGAAAAUAUCGACGAUGACUGCGAAGAUAAGGAUAUCGAUUUCGUUAAAAUAUCAGACGACGGUAUCCAGAAGGAAUACGACUUGCCUGCACUUCCAUCUGUGGUAUUUUAUCGCAAUCGCUUCAGAGAAAUCUACACUGGCGACCUCAUGCACGAGGAGGCUCUACUUGAAUGGGUGCUCAAUCUGAAGGAUGCGGCUCCUGAUGUUAUCGAGAAUGUUGAUAGGAAAACCUUACAGGUGCUUAUCAAUGACGUUGAACAUCUUGCUGUUUUAUUCUAUAGCGACAAGUGCGAUGAGUGUGAUGAGAUAUUGGAAGAGUUAGAAACAAUCGAUGAUGAUACUGAUAGACAUGGCAUUCAAUUUGUGAAAUCCAAAGAUGCCAAACUAGCGUCCGAAAUUGGAAUAUUUAGCUUCCCAGCCUUGGUAUACUACGAGACCGGUGUGCCCAUAAUGUACGAUGGAAAUUUGCUGGAUGUCAACGAGGUACUGGACUGGAUGAUGGAUCAAAAAAACGAUCAAAGCAUCGAAGAAAUUGACCGACAAACACUUUUCAAGUACAUCGACACUAAGGAGUUCCUCGCUGUAGUUUUCUAUAAGGAGAACGAUCCAGACAGUCCACGAAUAUUGCGGCACAUUGAGCUGAUUGACGACGAAGCAAGCGAAUAUGGAAUCAAAAUUGUGAAAAUGAAGGACAAACUAAUGGCGAAAAAAUAUGGAUACAGAAACCCGCCGGGAGUCACAUAUUUCCGAAAAGGAAAGGACAUAAACUACGAUGGAGACAUUGAUGAUGAAGAAGAGUUGCUGGAUUGGCUAACUGAUCCGGAAAACAUGGAACUGACUGAUCAUAUUGAAAGAGUUAAUAAGAAAAUGUUUGAGAAAAUCCGACAAAGGUCCGAUUAUGUUGCGGUAUUUUUAUAUAGUGCUGACUGCAAGCAAUGCCCCAAAGUACUCUCCGAAGUAGAGCAUAUUGACGACGAAGCGGACGCCGCAGGAAUCAAUUUUGUUAAAAUCGACGACAAAUCUUUGUCUAAAGAAUAUGGAGUGUUUGCUCUACCGGCAAUUUUAUUCUUCAAAAUGGGUUCCAAGGACCCAGUUAUCUAUGCAGGUGAUCUGUAUGACGAACAGCAAAUCCUGCAAUGGCUGUUGACGCAAAAGGAUCCUUCGGGAGAAAUUAUUGAAGCGUCAGAAGGCAGCGAACUGAUAAGACUAAUCGACACUGAAGAUGCAUUGGCGGUCUAUUUUUGGAACAAGACUUUGUGCGGUUUGUGUGAUGCUGAAGCCGAGCUACAUAAAUCUAAGAAAACUACCAAAAAGCAGGAAAAAGCUGACGGCUUAGAAGAAGAAUCUUCGGAAUUAUACGAUAGCGACGAAUGUGAACAAUGCUCCAAAAUCCUGGAAGAGCUUGAAAACAUUGAUGACGACUGUGAAAGGCACGGGAUUAAAUUCGUAAAAACCAACGAUCUGCGAAUAGCUGAACAAUAUGGAGCGACCGAUUUUCCAGUUUUGAUGUAUUUUGAACAAAGCAUAGGUGGAGUGUUUGAAGGCGAUUUGGAGGAGGAGGAAGAAGUGCUUCAAUGGCUAAUUCAGCAAAGAACUGAAGAUCGAAUUGAGCUGAUUACCAGGGUCAUGUUGGAGCGGAUGGUUGAAGAUACUCAGUAUCUAGCGGUGUAUUUUUACAAGACAAAUUGCCACAUUUGCGAACAAAUUUUGGAAGAACUGGAGCAAAUCGAUGACGAGUGCGACGUUUACGGUAUCCAUUUGGUUCGCAUACAGGAUCCACAGUUGGCCAAAAGAUACAGUAUUAAAACUUUUCCAGCUUUGGUGUACUUUAGAAACGGAAAUCCUCUUCUCUUUGAGGGAGAUCUUCAAAACGAGCAGAGCGUAUUGGAAUGGUUGGUCGACGAUGAUAACAGAGAAUUAGCUGACGAAAUCGAGUCAGUUAAUGAAAGAAUGCUGAUACGUCUAUUGAGCGAAUCCCCAUUCUUGGCUGUAUUCUUCUACGAUGAAGAUUGUCCAGAAUGCGAAGAAAUUUUGGAGAAUUUGGAGCAAAUCGAUGGCGAAGCCGACCUGUUUGGAAUCGACUUUGUGAAAAUUUGCAGCGCUCAAGCUGCAGCUGAUCAAGGCCUCCAUACCCUACCCGCUCUAAUGUAUUUUAGAAAGAAAAAACCUAUGGUAUAUGAAGGCGACUUAACACAAGCUGACAUGGUGUUGGACUGGCUCACGUCGCAGGAUGUGUUCGAAAUUAAAAAUGAGAUCGAGGAAGUUAAUAAGAAGAUGUUGGAGAAACUGCUGGAAGAGAACGAGUUUGUCACUGUAUUUUUCUAUGAAAUAAAUUCCGAAGAAUCUCGAGUGAUCAUGGACAAAUUGGAGAACAUCGACAGUGAAACCGAUAACUUCGAUAUAACAUUCGUUAAAAUGGCAGAUGCUCGUUAUGCGAGAAAAUGGGGCGUCACCAACUUGCCCGCAAUAGUCUACUUCCGAAGAAGAUUUCCCAGCAUUUACCGGGGCGACUUACAUUCCGAAAAAGACGUUCUCGAAUGGCUUCGGAAAAACCGAUACCGGCAACCAGAACUCAACAUCUUUAUGUACGCUCUAUUGGCUAUCGGAGUGGCCUUUGUAAUCUACACAGCUUUUCUCCUUCAGUGCUUUAAAACGCCAACAGCAAACGCACUUGUACCGCAUCACCCGAAACAAAGUUAGGGUAGUUAGUGUGAAUGAGAGUUGGGAGCAAGUGUAUGGUUGCGGCUGAUGGGUGAAAAGGUGCAUGAUGACUUACCCAAAUGGAUUGCAAAUGAGGAACUCUUGUCUGGUAAUUGGCAGAUUCUAUAGGAUAUUGUUUAAUGAAGAUGUUGACUAUUAGGAAUAUUUCGCAUAUUUUUAGCAAAACAUAGCGCUCGUUGAUUUUUAUUUUAAUUUAGGAAAACCCGAAAUUUUUUGAUAUUUAAAGCAAAACUGGGACAUUUCAUUAAAUAACCUGUAAAAUUUGCAGCAAAGCCAGGUUUUAAGUUCACAUCGUAAGCUAGUCAAAGACUAUUUCAAUCCAUUCAAAGCAUGUCAAGAUAGGCAACAUUUUUCUGAAAAAACUCCAAACUGGUUUAAUUCACACUGCUCGUCUUUACCUAGAAUUUGUUCGACUUUUCCAACUAGAACCACAUUAAGAUUAUUCACCAUUCUCCGGUAUAAUUCGAUUGAAAAAUCACCCCUAUCCUAUUUACCACCCAAAUAAAUAUAAAUCAUAUUGUAAAGUGUGCUGCAAGAGCGCAUUUUGCCUUCGGACCAAACGCAUGUGUUCUACAAAAUAACAUAAGAAACGAGAGCUCAUCUGAAAUAUAGUACUCAUUCAUCCACGUAUAAUAAGCAUUUUUUUAUUUUUUAUUUGUUUUUGACUGUUCUUUGUAUAUCAUUCCCAAAAUGUAAGGACAGUGGCGGGAAGCGUAAAAUAUAGAUCGUUGUUUUUUGUUCGUUGUGAAAACAUUUUCGGCGUUUUGGUUUGUGACGAUAUGUACAUAUUGUAAAUAAAGGGAAAUUUAUAUAUAAGAAA